AUGGAGAACGUCCAGGCCUAUCAUCUCUCGGUCUUCCCAUACUCACUGGACACUCUGGAGGAUGGCGGUAAUCCAACCACCAUCUUCCUCGGCGCUGAUGACCUGAGCCCAUCACAGAUGCAGUCUCUGACCAAGAAGAAUGGUCACGAGUGUGGUUUCGUGCUGUCUGGGCAAGCCGGAGAACACGCUGAUUGCCACUUAACCCUAAGAUAUUGGGUCCCGAAUCACGAAAUGGAAAUGUGCGGUCAUGCUACCGUCGGUGCCAUCUGGGUGAUGGACCGUCUCGGAUUGCUGCCUGCAACUGACACCCUUCGCAUUUCGACUCGAUCGGGCGUCGUCGAGGCCCAAGUGCUCAAGGGGGAAGACGGGUCACCGGCCGUUCGUGUAUCUCAGCCGGCAGGCUCGGUCGAAGAUUUACCUUCCGACCAGGUUCUCGACAUUGCAUCCUGCUUGGGCAUCACCGAGGGUGACCUAGCGCCGAGUUACAAGGUACAAAACGGUCGUACAUCGCGGACCAAGACAUUAAUUCCGUUGAAGAGCCGCGAGAUUCUCGAGUGGCUGAAUCCAAACCCGGACUUCGUUCGCGAAAUAUGUGAAAAGAUUGACUCGACUGGGUUGUAUCCUUAUGCCGUCCUCGAUGCCCAAGACCAACUCGUUGAGGCACGUCAAUUUCCGAGAUCGUCUGGCUAUGCAGAAGAUCCUGCAACUGGUAUUGCGGCGGCUGCCCUCACUUUUGGUCUUCUAGACAAUACUGUGUUCUCUCGGGAGACGACCAAACCCAUACGUAUUAGACAAGGAUGGACUAUGGGUAAACGGUCCGAAAUUCAAGUCCAUCUGAGACGGAAUAGCGGUAAACUAUCAGGUUGCUGGAUAUCCGGCAAAGUUAGACAGGCCACCGCCGAAGCUGUACGCGACACAGAAACUUCUAUUGAGAGAUAA